UUCUGCAGCAGCUGAUAAGACAGACGGAGAACAGAAUGAUAAUCGUGUUGAGACUGAGCUGCCGACCCUGGAAAUGUUCCGCUUGAACGUUUAGCUGCCAAAUGGAUGUGACGUGACGUAGGCUUGUUGUGGUGUCCUCAUGUGCCUCCCAAUCCCUUUUAGUGUGUAUAUUUCACAUUGUCUCUCAUCCUCCCUGUAGCAUCCCAUCAUCUAGCUUCAAUUCUCCUCUUCUAAUCUAAUGUAUCCUCUCAUCUCCCUUUCUUUCCUUCCUACCUUGUCCUUAACCACCAAGCAGAGGAGGAGCCAUCCCACAGGCCCCGCCCUCUGAGCUCUGACUCUCCUCUGCUGUGUGACAGUCGGAAGGUUGGGCUCUCCCCAGCACUAUCUGAACACACACACACACACACACACAUACGCACACGCACACGCAGCCUAUCACACACACACACCUAAGCACACAACCACGCAGCAACGCCUCUGCCUACUCAAACCCUCCUAAAGCAGUUUUUCUGCUGGAGAUCAUCGAGAAGAACAGCUGCCUCUGCUGAGGACAGACAAGAGGAACAGAGGGACGGGAGAAGAGGAGGAGGAGGAGGAAAAGAGGAAAAACACCAAAUGCCUCUUGAACUUCUGGGUCUGUGACUCCAGCAGUCCAUUUGCGUCCAGUGAGGGGAACGUUCUCUUGGUUUCUUUUCCUAUGUGACACAAGGUGGACAACGACGACAAAGAAGAAGAUAGAAGACCGAUCUGGAGUUCAAGCAACAUACUUGGGAGUGAAUGGGUUGCCAUGGUUACACACCCAGGGAGCCUGACCUGUGCAGAGUGAAUGGAGGGAGCACCCUGGACACCAAGUGACACGAUAAACUAAUCAAAAGGGAGUCACCGGAGAAAGAGGGGCCAGGCUAAGCAAAAUAAGUGGAACGUGGAGUCUCAGAAUGGAGGACGGCUUUUCCAGCUACAGCAGCUUGUAUGACACCUCGUCGCUGCUUCAGUUCUGCAAUGAUGAUAGUGCAUCUGCAUCCAGCAACAUGGAGGUCACCGACCGCAUUGCCUCCCUGGAGCAGAGGGUCCAGAUGCAGGAAGAUGAGAUCCAGUUGCUGAAGUCUGCUCUGGCCGACGUGGUCCGUAGGCUCAACCUAUCUGAGGAGCAGCAGGCCAUGAGCUCACGCCGAGGGCCCACUAAAGAGCCUACUUUGAUGAGAAAGUCUCCUUCAGCAGACAGCCAUGUUGGGAGGUCAGCCCGGCCAAUGAUUGCCACGUUGCCGUUACGACCCUCAGUGAACAACGGCACCAUUCUACCAAAGAAAGGCGGCGGCACUCUGCCCUCCCCAUCUGGAUCUGGAUCCAGGAAGGACACCAGCACCGCAUCCAGCAGAAGUUUGUCUCCUUUGUCUCUACCAACCAGAAUUCUUUCUCCACUGCUCAGCACCGUGAGGAGAGCCAACUCCAACGAGCAUGUGGGUUCCCUCACACGGAAAGAUUCUGGCGACUCCAAAGGCAACAGAACUCGCGCCGGAUCCACUGGAAGCAAUUCCAGUGGCAAAAGAAGUGACAGCAAGCAGAGGGACCCAGUGUUCAAUACAGGGAUGCGACGUGUGACCCACUGCAAAGAGGAAGGUUAUGUGAAAAUGUAUUUAAAGGGCCGCCCCAUCACCAUGUUCAUGCCCAAGGACCAAGUGGAAGGCUACUGUCUGGAGGCGAGAGCUGACCUUCCACUCAACAAGCUUAAACUGGACUGGGUAUACGGUUAUCGCGGUCGAGACUGCCGCUCAAAUCUUUACUUGUUGCCGACUGGCGAAACUGUGUAUUUCAUAGCCUCAGUGGUGGUCUUGUUCAAUGUGGAUGAGCGGCUGCAGAGACACUACACUGGACACACAGACGACAUCAAAUGUUUGGCAGUCCACCCAGAUAAAAUCACCAUAGCAACCGGACAGGUGGCUGGCACCUCCUCAGAGGGUAAAUUGGCUCCACAUAUUCGUGUAUGGGACUCUGUCAGCCUCAACACCCUCCAUGUUCUGGGGGCAGCUUACUUUGAGCGAGCCCUUGUUUGCCUGGCUUUUUCCAAGUCGAAUGGAGGAAACACGCUGUGCGUUGUCGAUGACUCGAGUGACCAUGUGUUAUCUGUUUGGGACUGGCAGCGAGAAGACAGACUGGCUGAGGUUAAGAGUUCCAACGAGACCGUCUUUGCUGCGGAUUUUCAUCCGACUGACAGCAACAUUCUGGUGACCUGCGGCAAGUCCCAUCUCCAUUUUUGGAGUUUGGAGAAAGGCAUCCUGGUCAAAAAACAAGGACUUUUUGAGAAACAGGAGAAGCCCAAGUUUGUUUUAUGUGUGACAUUUGCAGAAAAUGGAGACACCAUCACAGGAGACUCUAGUGGUAACAUCUUGGUGUGGGGUAAAGGCACUAAUCGCAUCAGUCAUGUCAUCCAAGGGGCUCACGAGGGCAGCAUCUUUGCCCUGUGCAUGCUGAGGAACGGGAUGCUGGUGUCUGGAGGUAAAGACUGCCGGCUCAUCUCUUGGGACAGCAGCUACCAGCAGAUCCAAACAUUGGAGGUGCCUGAAUUUUUUGGUCCCAUCCGGACUGUAGCAGAGGGCAGAGGAGAGACUGUUCUCCUCGGAACCACAAAGAAUUUUGUGUUACAAGGCACCUUAGAUGGAGAGUUUCUGCCUAUUACACAGGGUCAUACUGAUGAAUUGUGGGGUUUGGCCGUUCACCCGUGUAAGCCUCACUUUAUCACCUGUGGGUAUGACAGGCAAGUUUGUCUGUGGGACUCCAGUUCACAUCAGCUCAUCUGGAGUAAAAACAUGGACGACUCUGCCCAGUCAGCAGACUUCCAUCCAUCUGGAGCUGUGGUUGCCGUAGGAACCCAGACUGGCAGGUGGCUGGUACUGGACACUGACUCAAAGGAUUUAGUCACUGUGCACACAGAUGGAAAUGAACAAAUUUCUGUUAUGAGCUUUGGGCCAGAUGGUAACUUCUUAGCCAUCGGCUCUCAUGACAACUACAUUUACAUCUAUGCUGUGGCAGAAAAUGGCAGGAAGUACAGCAGAGUGGGGAAGUGCUCGGGUCACUCAAGUUUCAUCACCCACCUAGACUGGUCAGUGGACUCCCAGUACCUGGUGUCAAACUCAGGAGACUAUGAGAUACUGUACUGGAUCCCAUCCGUGUGUAAACAGGUGGUCAGCAUGGAGACCAUCAGAGAUAUUGAAUGGGCCACACACACCUGCACUCUUGGCUUUCAGGUUUUCGGUAUGUGGUCUGAUGGUUCGGACGGCACUGACAUCAAUGCUGCCAGCAGGUCCAAUAAUAAGAGCCUUCUCGCUACGGGGGAUGACUUUGGGAAGGUUCAUCUCUUCUCAUAUCCUUGUUCUCAGUUCAAGGCUCCCAGCCAUGUUUACGGAUGCCAUAGCAGUCACGUGACCAAUGUGACCUUCCUGUGUAACGACAGCUGCCUGGUGUCAACGGGAGGGAAGGACAUGAGUGUGAUGCAAUGGAGGAUAGUCUGAGUGACCAGACGAGAAGGUUGGAAAAACUUCCCUCUGACGCUGACUUUCAGCUGAAGCUGCACUACAAGAAGACUGAACCAAACUUCAAAUGAAAUGCCUAAAAUAUGGCUCUGGACUGAGGUGAAUUUAAAGACGUUUUCUUUAGCAGGUCUGCUUUCAGGUCCCUUGAUGAGGUGAACUGGUGAAGUGUUUUAGUGUUUCUCCUUUUUUUUCUUCAUUCAAUCACACUACAGAUAAAAAAAAACACUUAAACAAACCCUGACCUACACUGUAGCCCAUUCACACUAUAAGUGGAACAAAUGUAACAAAAAGAGCCAAAGGCUUACUCUUUUGGCAGAAAUUGUACAGUUCUUUGUGCCACAGCUUAGGAAUUGAAGGUUUCUUGGACUGAUGAUAAUCAAGCCAGAAGAGGGGUACUGUAUUGGAAUGUGAAGUAAUAAUUUCUAAACACUCAGGAAACCUCUGGAAUAGUACGAUUCCCCCUUUAUCAUGAAAUCAUGACAUAAAUAUGACACAUUCCCAUAAAACCUUUUACUGAAAUGCACAUAAUAUAUUGGCAAUUACAACCCAACCUUGUACAACAGGCAAUUAUGAUGAAUUAAUUGCAUGGUUGGUUGCGUUUCUUGAAAAAAAAAAACAAAA